CUCCGUCCGCCCUCGCGCCCGCGCCGCGCGCCCCCAGGUCCCGCCCCGCCUGUGCCGCCGCCGCCGCGGCCAAACAACUUCGCGAGCGCCCGAGACCGGCCGGACUCGGCGUCGUCCAGGUUCAGCUCCGAGCGCCGAGGCCAUGGACGCGCUGGCCUGGCUGCUGGCCCCGCUCCUGCUACUCUGCGCGCAGCAGCAUCGCGGUACCAGAGCCAUGAGUGACAUCGGGGACUAUGUGGGCUCCAACCUGGAGAUAUCCUGGCUCCCCAACCUGGAUGGCCUGAUGGAUGGCUAUGCCCGCAACUUCCGGCCGGGCAUUGGAGGCCCCCCGGUGAACGUGGCGCUCGCCAUUGAGGUGGCCAGCAUCGACCACAUCUCGGAGGUGAACAUGGAGUACACCAUGACGGUGUUUCUGCACCAGAGCUGGCGGGACGGCAGGCUGGCCUAUAACCACACCAACGAGACGCUGGGCCUGGACAGCCGUUUUGUGGACAAGCUCUGGCUCCCAGACACCUUCAUCGUGAAUGCCAAGUCCGCCUGGUUCCACGAUGUGACUGUGGAGAACAAGCUUAUCCGGCUGCAGCCAGACGGGGUGAUCCUGUACAGCAUCCGAAUCACCUCCACGGUGGCCUGUGACAUGGACCUGGCCAAGUACCCCAUGGAUGAGCAGGAGUGCAUGCUGCACCUGGAGAGCUAUGGCUACUCAUCCGAGGACAUCAUUUACUACUGGUCCGAAAACCAGGGACAGAUCCAUGGGCUGGAUAAGCUGCAGCUGGCCCAGUUCACCAUCACCAGCUACCGGUUUACCACUGAGCUGAUGAGCUUCAAAUCGGCCGGCCAGUCCCCCCGGCUCAGCCUGCACUUCCACCUGCGGAGGAACCGAGGCGUCCACAUCAUCCAGUCCUACAUGCCCUCCGUCCUCCUGGUCGCCAUGUCCUGGGUCUCCUUCUGGAUCAGCCAGGCAGCGGUGCCCGCCAGGGUGUCUCUAGGCAUCACCACGGUGCUGACCAUGACCACGCUGAUGGUCAGCGCCCGCUCCUCCCUCCCGCGGGCGUCGGCCAUCAAAGCGCUGGACGUGUACUUCUGGAUCUGCUAUGUCUUUGUGUUUGCCGCACUGGUGGAAUAUGCCUUUGCCCACUUCAACGCUGACUACCGGAAGAAGCCAAAGGCCAAGGUCAAGGUCACAGAACAGAGAGCGGAGAUGGACGUGAAGAACGCCAUUGUGCUCUUCUCCCUCUCAGCCGCUGGUGUCACCCAGGAGCUGGCCGUGUCCCGCCGGCACUGCCGAGCACCUGGGAACCUCAUGGGCUCCUACAGGUCUGUGGAGGUGGAAACCGGGGAGACCAAGAAGCUGGGGGCGCCCCGCGCAGGGGCCCAGGGAGGCUUCCGCGCGCUCUUCAAACCCAUUGACGCGGACACCAUUGACAUCUAUGCCCGUGCCGUGUUCCCCGCGGCCUUUGCUGCUGUCAAUGUCAUCUACUGGGCGGCAUACACCCUGUGAGGCCAGACUGUGGGCCUCGCAUUCCCA